AACGAAGGUAUAGGUCCGGAAGAUCGAGGCUAUUCAAUUUUCAUAUUUAUUUCCCUUGUAUUGCGAAAGAAACAGGUUUUAAGGAUUUGUGUCAAAUCUUUCCCUUCAUUAACCGAGAAUCCUAAAAGUAUGGGUAAUCAGAAGCUUCUUCCUGAAGGAUUUCCAGAUCCUGACGCAAUAUUUACAUCUUGGUAUCCAAUCAUAAUUGCUGUUGUAUGUGGUGCACUUUAUGCAAUCAGGCAAUAUCUACGUGGUCCUAAAUGUAUGGGAACUGCAGAUUUAAAGGGUAAAACAGCAAUAGUUACUGGAGCUAAUACAGGCAUUGGACAACAUGUAGCUUUUGAUUUAGCUUAUAAAGGUGCAAAGGUGAUUCUAGCUUGUAAAAAUUUAGAAGCAGGCCAAGAAGCAGUAGAUGACAUUAAAAAACGAUCUCGGAAUGAGAAUGUUAAAUUGAUGAAGUUAAAUUUAGCAUCAUUUGUGUCCAUUAGAGAUUUUGUUGAGGAAUUUAAGAAAAACGAAUCCAAUUUAGAUAUUCUAGUCAACAAUGCUGGGGUCAUGAUGAUGCCUUUUAUGGAAAGUGAAGAAAAUUUUGAAAUGCAAUUUGGAGUAAAUUAUCUUGGUACCUUUCUACUAACUGAACUAUUAUUAGAUGUACUAAAGAAAACUAAGGGAAGUAGAAUAAUAAAUACUAUAGCAUCUGCUGUAAAUCUAGGUGAUAUAAACUAUGAUGAUAUUAAUCUGACUAAAGAUUAUUCACCUGGUAAAGGGUUUGCUCAGAGUAAAUAUGCUCUAGCUGUUUACUCUCUACAUCUAGCUGAUAGACUGAAAGAUUUUGGUGUAAAUGUUUAUUUGGUAAAUCCUGGAGUAGUUAACUCUAAUGCUCAUCGUUAUAUGCCUUUUAGAUCCAAUAAAUUCUUAUCAUUUGGUUUCACUGUACCAAUGUAUUUUUUAAUGAAAUUGCCUGAAGAUGGAGCUCAAACUACUAUCUAUUGUUCUACUGCUCAAGAUUUAGACAAAGUAACUGGAAAAUGUUACAAAGAUUUAGCUGAAGUACAAUUAGAUGAUAAUGUAACUAACAUAGAACACAGAGAGAAACUUUAUAAACAAACAUUGAUAUGGACUCAACUUAAAGACCAGAAGAAAAAAGCUCUGGAAACUGAUAUAUAAAAAAAAAAACAAUUUGAUCUGUCAACAAAUAAGAAUAUUGUAAGGGACCAUUAUUGUAUAAAUAUUGUAUUGUUAAAAAAGUGAAAUGCCCAUUUAAAUGUGUUACCAUGAAUAUGCAUGAGCAGCUUAUGUAUAUUUUGUUAAGCUGUGGUCAAUCAGUAUACUGUUUGUAUUUUAUGUUUGGAAAAAUUACUUAUGUCUUAAUUGUUUACAAAGUAUAUAUCAUCAAACUUGUUGAUAUCAUUUGAUUUCAUAUCGUUUUCUAUUUUAUUUUUUGAUAUUUUUUAUUUAGAAUGUAGAUUUAUGUACAUAUUGGUUGUGUUAACUCAACAGCAUUUAUUGAAAAUGAGAUUUUAAUUUUGUCAAUAUUAGAAUGUUUAGAGAUUGUAACUUUGAUAUGUAAAAUUUUCAUCACCAAAGUCAUUGUAAAUUUUUAUUGAAUGUAUCUUUUACUUCUAUGUAUUUACUUGAUCAAACUGAAUUUGAUUUAAAAGGGGUGAUUAGAAAACAGAGUGCACUAAAGCCUAUUACCUAUUUCGGUAUAUUAAAAUACAUGACUGUAAAAUACUGAUAUAGUUUUAAAAUUUAGUAUCUAUUUAAAAUGAAAGAUUUUUGUUUUUAAAGUUUAUAAAGAGAGGAUUAUUUAACUAUACAUUCCUAUUGGUUUAUGUGUUGUUAUAAAAGAUCUGAUUUAGAGUAAUUGAAUGAUAUAUAGUAUAAUUGUUUAUAUAUUGAAUUAUGUUAUAAAUUAUGUCUAUGCAAUCUCCUAAAAGCAAUAAAACUUUUUUUUUGU